AGUGUGCUUGCCAUUCGUGUUGCCUUUCUUCAUCACACAUAGAAAAUAAGCUGAAUCUUCCAAGAAGUACACGCAACUGCAGCAAGCAGCUGCGUAUGCGUAAAAAAACUCACUUUCUUUUCGAAUAAAGAACGUCCAACACGAACAAGAAACCUUACUUACUGGAAAAAAUGCCAUCCCCUUCCCCACCUCCAGUCGUCCGAUACCCGAAAAUCUUGUGUUUCGGCGAUUCGUUGACACAAGGAGGAACGCACAACAAUGAGGGAUGGGUCAUUCGUUUACAGCGGUAUUUUCUCCGACGAGCAGACGUCCUGAAUCGAGGUCUGUCGGGAUACAACACGCGAUGGGCGCUGCCAGCGAUUCAAGCGAUAAUGGCGGGUGAUUAUGAUCUCAAGGGUGUGCGUGUGGGUGUGGAAACAAAUAGAAGUAGAUAAUUAGCGGGUAGAAAUCGUCGGGGAAAUCUUAGGCGGGUCGCCGAGUAGAUUAGCGCGCCAUCGUCAUCACUUCUAUUUCAACAUCAAUGUGAACGCUCUAGCGUCGUCACGUUCACGACCACCCUUUUCUGAUACUAUUAAGUAUUAACCCCCCUUCCUCAGGCUUCACGCCUCGCCCUAAUCCUAGAUUUUCUUCCUUCCACUUUUUUCACUUUGUGUACGUGUAGUCCCUUUUCUACUUAUUCUAAUCCACGACGGUUCAAAGAACAGACCAGUCCAAAGAUGACGUUCUCUUCGCAACUCUAUGGUUCGGCGCAAAUGAUGCAGCUGUUGUGACAGACGGUUCUCUUGAGAAACUCGCAUCAGCCAAUCCAGACGUUCUCAAGACGCUGUCCGAUAACGAGUAAUAUGGCUUCCUCAAAAAAAGAUCCAGCAUCGUGUAAACCAUCUAUGACGCCCUUAAGGCAGUCUGCACUGAACUUUGUGCGGGAUUAAUUGUAUGGUAUUGUAUUGCAUCCUGGGAGAUUUAUUGUGGAAAGAAGAAGUAUUGUAUUGUAUUGUAUUUGUGCGAGAUAAUUGCAUCCUGGGAGAACCUGCUCAACCUUUUUUGAAGGGGAAAUAAAAAGUUCCUCAUCCUCGCGGAGGAGUUCCAGGAUGCACUAUUUCCAUUCUUGCAAGAUAGUUUUUUUAGAGAAGCUCACCUAAGAGUAUCAACAUGUUUCAGUCGGCGAAUUCGAGAAGAACCUCGAAACUAUCGCACGAACGAUACUCAAGGGAACAAAUUGUCUCAUCUUGCUCACACCUCCCUGUGUAGGCGAGAAAAACCGGAUGGGGUUUCUGAUAGAGCAAGAUGGCUUUGCGGCAGAGUUAGGCGAAGACCAGCUAGAGAUCGGAGGAGAAGAGCAGAAGACUUUAUGAACUGGAGAUCGGAGGAGAAGGACAGAAGACUUUAUGUAGUUUUUGAAUCUCAAAAAUAGCCUGGUUGUAGUGACGUUGAGGAUUCUAAUUUAUAUUUUUGUAAUUCUAAUUGAUGUAUUUGUAUCUACUUCUACAUCUACUGUGAAAAUCAGGUUGUUGUAGGUCGCACCAUAGAAGAAUUUUUUACGACAACGACCUACACCUACAUAGACGAGAAGAUGAUCCUGAUUGAAAUUAAGUCCACGACUGAAAAUUCUAACAUUCCGAGUAUCGCUCACCUCUUCAACGCAUUUGGACCGCAGCAACAAAAGCGUGGUACAAUAUCGUGACGCUGUGAAACGCGUGACUGAGAAGCUCACAGCAGAAAGUGCCGAGAAUUAUGGUCAUGGUGUCAGUGCAAAUUGCUCUUCUAUCUUUUUGCUUUUGAGCUGCUUAUGCAGCAACGUUUACAUUGCAGUGUCAAUUUCACCAAGUGCGAUAGUUUAUGCCCAGGUAGAAAAAUUAAGUAGAAGAAAUGAAGAUUCUACAUUGCCCUAGUCCUCCCCCUCGUCAAUCAUCUAAACCCCUACUUCAUCUAACGCAUUGCCUGGACCAUUUGCGUAAUCGACACUUACGCUUUGUUUUUCGAAGAAAGGGAGGCGAUUUUACACCCUGAUGGCUUACACAUCAACUGGAAAGGCGAGCAGAUCAUUUUCAAAGCGAUUCUAGACCAAGUGCUAGAACGAAAGAAAGAUCAAGGUGUUUUGGCGGUUGAAGAAGGAGCAAAAGAUUAUGGCAAUAUUUGUUGAUUACUGGUGUAGCCGUGUAGUAGUGACUAAUAUGCAUCUUUGUUGUGCUUGUGAGCAUUCUUUGUUUUUAUAGUCUUGAAAAAUAUUCUAUCUAAAUCUUGAUCUUUAUUUUCUUUAUUCCACUUUUUGCUCAUUGAUUUUCUUUUCGAAGUACCUAGCACGUGAAAAUAGCUGAAGCCAGGAGGAGAUCUCCUUCUUAAUGUCAACUGGUCUUCAUGACGGAUGAUCAUCCUCUACUACAAGUGCAGGCAUCAUGCAUUAUGCAAAGUUUAAGUUCUUUAUAUCGCAGAAGCAAACAAUAACAAUUCUAAGAAUAAGCUGAAGCGACAAGAGCUGGCACAGAACAAGAUGCAGCAGAGGCAGAGACAGCAGCUGAAGAAGAUGGUUUUUCUCGUUUUUCCGUGAUACCUGAUCCAGUUACGAAGCAUUACGGCCAUGGUCGUUCGCAGGACAGCGGAUUACCUAUGCCAUUCCCGUAUUGGAACGAUAGGGAAAAGAUCUUGUCUUCUUCUAGUGGUGCGUGAUCAGCUUGUAGCCCUUCAUAGCUUGAUGAAGAGGAGUGGACGUUGAUGAGCUUGAGGUUGAGAAUAUCGAUGACAAUGUUGAUUGCUACUUACAUCAAAUCAAACCCGCCUAAGGAUCGUUGCUCUGAAACUACAAAUAAUAAUAAUAUUUAAGAAAGCUAUUGCUGUCCUCGUUUGGGUCGUGCAAAACGAAGGGCAAACAUAAUUUCAAGGAAGUUGUCAUUGUUCGUUGUUAUCGUAGCUGGUGACGGG